AUGUCUUGCUGUUACACCAACAUGAAUCGUUGCUCCGAUAUGAAUUGCGACAAAGAUGGUUGUAUUUGCAUUCCGACGGACGGCAAAUCUUGUAUUUGUGUUUGUUUGGACAACAAGGGGAACAUUGUACGGUGUGACGAUUGCGAGUGCAAGGAUUCUACUUGCAAAUGCAAGAAAGACGGCUGUGUUUGCAUCCCUACUCAAGGCGCGUCUUGCAUCUGUGUUUGCCGUGACGGAAAGGGAGGAUUUAAACAAUGCACCGAUUGCAACUGUAUCCCUGAAGCAUCUAAGAAGAAAUGUGACAAGGAUGGAUGUUGCUGCAUCGAAACCGAUGGAAAGCCUUGUGUGUGCGUCUGUCUUGAUAAGAAAGGUGACAUAAUACGUUGCGAUGAUUGUGAAUGCGAGGGUUCUAUCUGCAAAUGCAAGAAAGUCGGAUGUGUUUGCAUCCCUACUAAAGGCGCGUCUUGCAUCUGUGUUUGUCGUGACGGAAAGGGAGGAUUUAAACAAUGCACCGAUUGCAACUGUAUCCCUGAAGCAUCUAAGAAGAAAUGUGACAAGGAUGGAUGUUGCUGCAUCGAAACCGAUGGAAAGCCUUGUGUGUGCGUCUGUCUUGAUAAGAAAGGUGACAUAAUACGUUGCGGUGAUUGUGAAUGCGAGGGUUCUAUCUGCAAAUGCAAGAAAGACGGAUGUGUUUGCAUCCCUACUAAAGGCGCGUCUUGUAUCUGCGUUUGUCGUGACGGAAAGGGAGGAUUUAAAAGAUGUGACGAUUGUAAAUGUGUCAAUAAGGAAGGUUCUGAGGAAGCAAAACAUAGGGGGUGUUGC